CAAAACCUUCAGAAGUUGAGUAAGGGGAAUAAGUGGUGAGAAAAAAAAAAGACUCCCGUGUGAUAACAGUGCAAUCCAGAGGAGAAUAAACCGAGGAUAGCGACUCUUGCUGCGCUUUUAUUGGAGUUUCCUCCCCCCUCUCUCUUCAUCCGUCACGAUGUUGUGGUUAGUCGCAUUCCUGCCUGCACUUUGCUCGACCCAGCGUUCAGAGCCAAUGUUCUCAGCCAUAACCAAGGCCAUACUUCCUCCUGACUACGACAACAACCCCACCCAGCUCAACUACGGCGUGGCUGUUACCGAUGUGGACGGGGACGGGGACCUGGAGGUGUUUGUUGCAGGCUACAACGGCCCUAACCUGGUGCUGAAGUACGACAAGCAGAAAAGGAGACUCAUCAACAUCGCCGUGGACAAUCGUAGCUCCCCGUUCUACGCCCUGAGAGACCGUCAAGGCAACGCUAUCGGGGUAACAGCCUGUGACAUUGACGGUGACGGCCGCGAGGAGAUUUACGUACUCAACACCAAUAACGCCUUUUCUGGACGUGCCACAUAUACCGACAAACUGUUCAAGUUCCGAAAUGGCCGAUUUGAGGAUCUGCUGAACGAUGACAUUAACGAACACAGGGACGUGGCUAAUCGUAUGGCUGGACGCUCAGUGGCCUGUGUGGACAGAAAGGGCACGGGCCGUUACGCCAUCUACAUAGCAAACUAUGCCAGCGGCACUGUGGGCCCGCAUGCGCUUAUAGAAAUGGACGAGGCAGCGAGUGACCUUUCGCAAGGCGUCAUCGCUCUUUCGAACGUGGCCGAGCAGGCGGGAGUCAACAAGUUCACUGGAGGCCGCGGGGUGGUCGUCGGGCCCAUCGUGAGCCAAAGCUACUCUGAUGUGUUUUGUGACAACGAGUACGGACCCAACUUCCUUUUCCGAAACAACGGAGAUGGAACUUUUACUGACGUGGCGCAGCAGGCUGGGGUGGAGGACCCCAUGCAGCAUGGCAGGGGCGUAGCCCUCGCAGACUUCAACCGUGACGGAAAGACGGACAUCGUUUACGGCAACUGGAAUGGACCUCAUCGUCUUUACAUGCAACUUAACAACCGUAAGCAGCGGUUCAAGGACAUCGCCUCGCAGAAAUUCUCUAUGCCCUCCCCGGUGCGCACCGUUAUUGCUGCCGACUUUGACAACGACAAUGAGCUGGAGGUUUUCUUCAACAACAUCGCUUACAGGGGGCCUUCAGCCAACAGACUCUUUAGGGUGAGCAGGAGAGAGCAUGGAGACCCCCAGAUAGAGGAGCUGAAUGUAGGCGAAGCUUCCGAGCCAGAGGGACGAGGAACUGGAGCUGUAGCCACUGAUUUGGAUGGAGACGGUCGCCUGGAGCUGCUGGUGUCUCAUGGUGAAAGUGCAGCUCAACCACUUUCUAUCUACAAAGUCAACCUGGGACCCACAAACUCAUGGCUGCGUGUGAUUCCCCGGACCAAGUUUGGUGCUUUUGCCAGAGGAGCUAAAGUGGUGGUGUACACCAGAAGGAGUGGACCACAUACACGGAUCAUCGAUGGCGGGUCGGGGUACCUCUGCGAGAUGGAGCCUGUUGCACACUUCGGCCUUGGUAAGGACAUGGCCACAAAUGUGGAAGUGUACUGGCCAGAUGGAGUCUCAGUUGCUCGACCCUUGGAACCGUCAGAGAUCAACUCCGUGCUGGAGAUCCACUAUCCGAAAGAUGAUGAUGAGGUCACCCCUACUGUGGAAAUAGAGUGCGGUCCUGGCUUUGCUUUGAACGAAAAUGGACGGUGCAUUGAUAAAGAUGAAUGUACCCAGUUCCCCUCUGUGUGCCCCUCUGACCGCCCCGUGUGCACCAACACCUAUGGCAGCUUUAAAUGCCGUGCCAAAAGAAGAUGCACCCAGGGCUUUGAGCCCAACGAUGAUGGGUCUGCAUGUGUGGCCCAGGUGGCUUACUUUGGGAAGACGCGGUCCUCUGCACAACGUACCCGGUCGGCCAUUUCUCUCUGGCUAUCAUCUAUCGGUGUGCUUUGUCUCAUCUUGAACCAUCUCCAGAGUGGACUACUGUAGGCGCCCCCUUUCUCCGCUUUAACAAGGAUGUACAGAAACUGUUGAAAUCCUCCUCCUCUUUAUCGUACAACAAGCUCUAUGGAUCUGUGAUAUCAGUCGUGUUUUCCACCAUGCAUUACUUUUGGGGCUGGACUGGACCUUACAGGGCGCAUGCUAGAACUAACUGCCUUAGAGCCGCACGGCCCUCUUGUCAUCACCUGGCAUUUAUCUAAAUGGGAUUUGAGCUGAGUCCAAGUCAAUAAGUGGUGGCUACAGCGAGUCCAAACCACUGUACCGAAGCCACCGGCACCACCGGCUGCAAUCUUAAGGGACACGCUGAGGCCGCCGUCUGUAUGUGCACAAUGCCGCUCUCUUUCUCCAUUUGGGCCUACUGGGAUGCUGAGGAACACCAGGUCUCCAAGCUACAAGUUUGUGUGUGUGUGUGUGUGUGUGUGUGUGUG